AUGCACAAUGUCCUCAAGCUCACUCCCACCAACUACCUCUCUUGGAAACUCCAAGUUGAAGCAUUGCUUGUUGGUCAUGACGUCUUUUCUUUCCUUGAUGGAAGCACACCAUGUCCUUCUCCUACACUCAUCACCAAUGAUGUCGAAUCCCCCAACCCUGAUUUUGCAUGGUGGACUCGCCAAGAUCGUCUCCUUUUUGGCUCCUUAAUCGGUACCAUUGAUCCCAACCUAGUUCCUCUUAUCAACCAAGCCAAAACAUCGGCACAACUUUGGGACAAAUUAUAUCAAACCUAUGCCCUUCCUUCCCGUGGCCAUAUCAAACAAUUACGGGAUAAGUUUCACCGUAUUAUUAAGGGCCCUUCCUCCAUAUCUGAUUAUAUGCGCUCUCUAAAAGAGUGUGCUGAUCAUCUAGCUGCUCUAGGAAAGCCUAUUGACCAUGAGGAUUUCAUAGACCGUGUUCUCGCUGGUCUUGAUGACUCAUACAAAUCCGUCAUAGACUCUGUAAAUGGCCGAGACACACCUAUCUCCUUUGAAGAGCUUCACGAGAAACUCAUUAACAAAGAGCUUUCCAUCUUUCAAACCCAAUCUACCAUGGCCCCGGCCCUUCCUGCAACCGCUUUUGCUGCCUAUACAAAGCCGCAGCAUCGUCCCUCCCCAAGCCGUCCAAUGGUCUGCUUCCCACACCCUCCCAUACAUCCACUCCCCGUCCUUUCCUAG